AUGCAAGCGCCGCGGCGUCUGUUUAGCGAGCUUUUUCAGCUCUCAAUCCGGCGGCCCGUCCCUCCUCGACUGGCACACGCCCCUGUUGCCCUUCGUGGGAGUGGCCCUGCUUCUCCUUCUCCUCCGACACGCCAUCUCCUACACGCCUCUGCUUGCUCCAGGCACACCCAGCCGACAUCCGCCUCCUCGACAUCCUCCGCUAGAGGUGCUGGUCGUGGGGACCAGGAACAACAGCAUUCUUACAAUGAUGGACGGUCUGGGAACCGACCCCCACGCCGUAGGGCCCCGGCUACCGUCCGGACUCUGCUCGCUAGUGGCGGGCUGCUUUCUCUCUUCAUUGGCCUCUCGGAGCCCUUCCAUGUUCCCCAAACAGAUGAUGUUGACGCUUCCGGCCCGGCAUCCUCGACCGACGACCGCGACCCGUCCCUCCCUCGCUUUCGGCUGACCGAGGUCCGCAAGCACGACGCCAAGUCUGGCGCCCCGUGGGUUACACAAGGCGACAAGGUCUACGACAUAACGGACUGGGUUGGUGCUCACCCGGGAGGUGAUGUCAUUCUACGUGCUGCUGGAGGUAGCAUUGACCCUUACUGGAAUAUCUUCACCAUCCAUAAGUCGCCCCAUGUAUACGAGAUUUUGAACCAGUACCUGAUUGGCUUCAUCGACGCGGCGGAUCUCGUUGAUGGCAAACCUGCUGCUCAGGAGAUCGAGGAUCCCUUUAAGCACGACCCAAGCCGUGAUCCGAGACUCAUCACAUUGACUCCUAAGCCUCGCAAUGCGGAAACUCCCUUGGAGGGGCUGGCCGACAGCUACAUUACCCCUAAUGAACUCUUCUACGUGCGUAACCACAUGUGGGUUCCACAAGUAGAUGACACCUCGGACUACACCCUAAAGAUUGAAUUGCUCGAUGGAACUAUCAAGGAGUACACUCUCGACGAUCUCAAGACCAAGUUCAAACCCUCAACUAUUGUGGCUGUACUCCAAUGUUCUGGUAACCGCCGAAGUGACAUGACGCGCAAUGCGCGAAAGACAAACGGCCUUCAGUGGAAUGUGGGUGCCAUCUCCUGUGCUGAAUGGCAGGGCGUAAAGCUCUCGGAUGUGCUCGCCGACGCUGGUGUCCCGGUCCAGCAAGCAAUGACCGGCGAAACGGAAGCUAAGCAUGUUCAAUUUUCGGCCCUUGAGGCCUAUGGUGCAUCGAUUCCAAUCGAAUCCGCCCUGGAUCCCCGUGGUGAUGUACUUCUCGCCUACUCAAUGAACGGCAAGCCGUUGCCAAGAGACCACGGAUUUCCGCUCCGUGCACUUGUUCCUGGCCAUGUCGCUGCUCGAUCUGUCAAGUGGUUGAGCCAAAUCACUUUGUCGGAUGAGGAGAGCCACAGUCAAUGGCAACGCAAGGACUACAAGUGUUUCGGCCCCAAUGAAACGAAGCCCGACUGGGAUAGCGCGGCAGCCAUCCAGGAAAUGCCCAUCACUAGUGCCAUCACAACUGUGAGGUUGGGUGAUUGGACAAGCGACGCCGAGGGUUCGUCAGAAGAACGGCAGGUAUCUAGCGGUCGCCAGGCCUCGCUCAAGGGAUAUGCCUACUCUGGCGGAGGCCGCAAGAUCGUGCGAGUUGACGUGAGUCUCGACAACGGCAAGACAUGGGACCAGGCCGAGCUGCUCGAAGAACCUGGAGCCCCGCCCAAAGCCGGUCACAAGUCAUGGGCAUGGAAGCGCUGGCGGUACGAUGGGGUCAUGCCCGUUGGUGCGGCCGGUGAGGACGGCAAGACGUGCACCACCAUGCUCGUUAAAGCCACGGACGAGGCCUACAACUCCCAGCCAGAGAGCUACGACGCCAUUUUCAACCAGCGGGGCAACCUGGCCAACGCCUGGCACCGUCUUCAAGUCUGCACCGACUGUAAUAAGAAGACUAGAGUUGCCGCUACCCAGUAA